GGAGCGGCGGGGCCAGCUCGCUGCGGCCACACUCCCGCGAGAGCGCCUAGUCCCGCGGGCGGCGCACGCGCAGACCCGGCACGCCUGCGCCUCAGGCCCGACCCCUCUUCCGUGAGCGCUCGGGAUGUUUGGCGUUACCAAGGAGCUGCUGGGGCCCUUGAGAACGCCGCUGGUCCCUGCGGCAACCCGGGAGGACCAAACCCGACCGAGGUGGCCGCGGCCAGAGCGGCUGCGAUGAUGUCCAACCCAGUGCAUGGCCUGCCCUUUCUCCCGGGCACGUCCUUUAAGGACUCCACGAAAACAGCAUUUCAUAGAAGCCAGACGCUUGGCUAUAGGAAUGGCUAUGCAGUUGUUCGACGUCCAACAGUUGGGAUCGGCGGGGACCGGCUCCAGGUCAGCCAGCUGUCUCAGGCUGAGCUGGACGAGCUGGCCAGCAAGGCACCAGUCCUCGCGUACGGCCAGCCCAAGCAGGCCCCGCGUGCAGAAUUCAUUCCUGCCUAUGUGGCUUUCGACAAAAAGGUGCUGAAAUUUGAUGCCUAUUUCCAAGAAGAUGUUCCUCUGUCAACUGAGGAACGUUACAGGAUCCGCCGAGUUAACAUUUACUACUAUUUGGAAGAUGACAGCAUGUCUGUCAUAGAGCCCGUUGUGGAAAACUCCGGGAUCCCUCAAGGCAAGUUAAUCAAACGACAGCGCCUAGCCAAGAAUGACCGGGGAGACCAUUACCAUUGGAAAGACCUAAACCGAGGAAUAAACAUCACAAUUUAUGGCAGAACUUUCCGCAUUGUUGACUGUGACAAGUUCACACAGAUAUUUUUGGAAAGUCAAGGAAUUGAACUAAAUCCACCAGAGAAGAUGGCUCUCGAUCCUUACACUGAACUCCGGAAACAGCCUCUUCGUAAGUAUGUGACUCCAACAGACUUUGAUCAACUCAAGCAGUUUCUCACCUUUGACAAACAAGUUCUUCGAUUCUAUGCGAUCUGGGAUGAUACAGACAGCAUGUUUGGUGAAUGUCGGACCUACAUCAUUCAUUACUAUCUUAUGGAUGAUACAGUGGAAAUUCGAGAGGUCCACGAACGGAAUGAUGGGCGAGAUCCCUUCCCACUCCUCAUGAGCCGCCAGCGCAUGCCCAAGGUUUUGGUGGAAAAUGCAAAGAACUUCCCUCGGUGUGUGCUGGAAAUCUCAGACAAGGAGGUGUUGGAAUGGUAUACUGCCAAAGACUUCAUUGUUGGGAAGCCACUCACUAUACUUGGGAGAACUUUCUUCAUUUAUGAUUGUGAUCCAUUUACUCGGCAGUAUUACAAAGAAAAAUUUGGAAUCUCCGAUUUACCACGCAUUGAUGUGAGCAAGAAGGAGCCACCUCCUGUGAAACAGGAAUUACCUCCCUAUAACGGUUAUGGACUAGUUGAAGACUCUGCUCAGAAUUGCUUUGCGCUCAUUCCAAAAGCUCCAAAAAAAGAUGUUAUUAAAAUGCUGAUGAAUGAGAACAAGGUGCUUCGUUAUUUGGCUGCACUGGAAUCCCCCAUCCCAGAAGACAAAGACCGCCGAUUUGUCUUCUCUUAUUUUCUAGCCACUGACAUGAUCAGUAUCUUUGAGCCUCCUGUUCGCAAUUCUGGUAUCAUUGGGGGCAAGUAUCUUGGCAGAACUAAAGUUGUCAAACCAGGCUCCUCAGUGGAAAACCCCAUCUAUUAUGGCCCCAGUGACUUCUUCAUUGGUGCUGUGAUUGAGGUGUUUGGCCACCGGUUCGUCAUCCUUGACACAGACGACUGUGUUCUGAAAUACAUGGAGAGCAAUGCUGCCCAGUAUUCACCAGAAGCACUCCUGUCAAUUCAGAACCAUGUUCGAAAGCAAGAAGCUCCUGCACCAGAAUUGGACAACCAGCAAACGGAAGAGGACCCAGGCGUGCAGGAACUGGAGGCCCUGAUAGACACGAUCCAGAAGCAAGGGAAAGAUCGCCCGUGCAGGGACAACAUCCGCAAGAUGUUUCAAAUUUAUGACAAGGAAGCUUCAGGACAUGUGGACAGGGAGACAUUCUUUAAAAUCUGUGACUCUUUUCACCUCCCAGUUGACGAUUCCUUGGUUAAGGAGCUCAUCAGGAUGUGCUCUCACGGAGAAGACAAGAUUGACUACUAUAACUUUGUCCGUGCUUUCUCCAACUGACCUGCUGAGGACAGAACGCGGCACAGUAUUUUGAGGUUGGGCCUACGUAUACCUGUACUCUUCAUAGAGGCAUUUACAGAGCUCUUGAAAUUAUAUUUCCUUUUUGGUUCUUUUACCACUGAAGUCUAAAUUAAAUUGGAUCUUGUAGGA